CCUGACUCCUCCACCGUCAGCUUCACGGACCCGGCCGUGUCCAUGGACCUGCUGCGAGCUGUCCUGCAGCCCAGCAUCAACGAGGAAAUCCGGGGCGUCUUCAACAAGUACAUGAAGUUUUUCCAGAAGGCAGCAAUCAACGUGCGCGAUAAUGUCGGGGAGGAGGUGGACCCGGAGCAGCUCAUCCAGGAGACGUGUCGGAGCUGCCUGGAGCAGGCCAAACUGCUGUUCUCUGACGGCAAAAAGGUUGUUCCCAGGUUGCCCCACGAGCAGGCAGUACCAAAGCGUGCCCGACAGAUGGAUGAGGAGCUGAAUCGUCGAGGGAGCCCCGUUCCCAAAAAGAGAAAGGGGCGGCCUCCAGGGCAGAGCCUGUCGAACGAUCGCGGGGUCUCAGGCAUGGCUGCGUGGAAGCUCAAAGUCUCUGAGCCCGUGAGAAGGGAUGGACCAAAGUGGGAUCCAUCCCGACUGACUGAAACCACAACCUUUGUGCUGGGAUCUCGAGCAAACAAAGCUCUCGGGAUGGGAGGAACAAGAGGGCGACUCUACAUCAAGCAUCCCCACCUCUUUAAGUACGCAGCCGACCCGCAAGAUAAGCACUGGCUGGCAGAGCAGCAGCACAUGAGGGCCACUGGGGGCAAGAUGCCGGGGGCCAUCAGCGCUGCCCCCAAGCUGCAGCACCAGCUGCCGGUGCCCAGCCGUGGCCUUGCAGAGGGCGGCCUGGGCAGCUGCGCAUGUCCCUGCUGCCCCCCGCACACGGCACGCGUCCCUUCUCCCCGGUGCCAUUGUGCCCUGUGA